CUUGAGCAAUGUGUGAAUCGUAGUGAAUUGAAGGCUGAUCUCAGGCUGAGGAGGUCAGCUAUCAACAAUUCCACCACCAUGAUUAUUGUAUCUCAUCAUCUAUGUCGUUCCGUGCAGGUCGGCGGAGGGCGUGUGUGGUUGUACGCAUGGAUGGCCACACCCCUAGCAGGAGGGCCAGCCGCAGCCCCUCGCCUCCUCUGGUCGAUCCAUCGCAGCAGCCAUGGAGUGAUAUAAUGAAGGGCGUCGAAGGAGUUGCUGGAACUCAUCUCGCCAGAGCAACUACAGGAGUUGUACGCAGAUGAGAUCGGCACCGACCCAGCAGCCGACGAAUUCGAAGCGCCGCAACAGAGUCGCCAAUCGGCCUGUAUACGCCUCCAGGGGUCAAUGGCAUCAGCGUCACAGAGCGACGCGCACCCUGACCGUGGCUCGACAGCAUCUCACGAGGCUUCGCCACCACCUCUCCGACCGCCACCGCCACCGCCAGUCAUCGAACGCUCCCCGUCCAGUGCAGCAUCCCCGCUCGACUCACAGCCACUCCCCUGGCGAGUCAAGCAGGCGGCGCACAAGGCCAAGACCAUCAUAAAAACGGCCAAGAAGGCACUGGCGAGGGCGGGUCAUCUUGGUCAAGAAGGCGUCUGCAGACGGCGGGCAGAUCGACACCAUCGGCUUUGGGUAUGACCUUGCCGGCCUCCAGCACACCCAGUGGGCCGCUGACACGACUGAAGCGGCGCUGGACGAGGCGAUGGUGGCGGGGAAGGGCUUCAUCGACGUCAUCGCCGCCACACCUCAGUGGGCCAGGGCGACACAGAAGCAUCCCUCUGACCCCAAGUCGGGCUGCAAACAUAUUCAGAAAUUUGUGGGCGGCAUCCACAGUGAGUUCAGCACAACCAACCGCCACAAAGCCUUCAAUGCCUUCGUAUCGCGUCAUGUCGUUCGUGUGUGUCGUGGUAUGCAGUGAAGGCCGACCAAGUCCGCAGCUGUCCCGCUUAUCUCGCCCGCUUCUCGACCUCACCAUCACCGUCCUCACCACCCACCAGCAGCCCUUCUGUACCCCUGCAUGCCGCUGUCCAGUUGGUGCUGGAGGUGGUGUUUCGGCACAAGCAAAGCCUACGCGACCGCCAGCUGAGCAGCGGCGAGAUCUAUCCACAACUACCGACAGAGGCACGGUUCGCCAUGCUUCAGCUGAAGGCGGCGUCGGAGGCCACAGGGGGCAGUGGGCGAGUUGGGAUUACCCUCGAGCGGCACGCCGACUUUGGUUCGGCGGACUUGGUGUGCGUGUGGGCCGCGUCGCUGGCUCUGGAGGAGAUACACGAGGCCGUCAGGUACAUGGCGGCGAUAGUCCUGUGGGGGCUCGAGCCCACAGAUGUGCGGGCGGUGCAUAGGGAGGUGUUCGUGGAGGCUCUCCGUGCCUCCUCGGACGCCCUUGGCCUUGACGAUAGCCAGGUCAGGGAAGCGAGCACACCUCUCCUCACCUCUCCUCAAGAUGUGCCUUCCUAUCUGUCCGUCUGUCUGUGUGCUCGUCAGGUCGGUGAGUUGGUGGAUGCCGAUGGAUCGGAGAACGACGAAAGCAACAGCGAGACAGACAGCCCCCAUGCAGGUGGAGAUUGGGCCGCCAGGGUGUGUUCGCCCUACAACUGCCUGCCUCCCGACGUCCAUCACUCGUCAACGACAAUGGCUGUCGACGAGCCGCCCGCCAAGCCGCCGUUGGCUUCGGAGGAGGUACUUCAGGCGCUCCGGGAGGAGGGGAUGACGAUUGGCGUGGUGAGGCGGCCAGGGGCUCACGGCUUUGUGUAUGACCUUGCCGGCCUCCAACACACACAGUGGGCCGCUGACGCGACUGAUGCGGCGCUGGACGAGGCGAUGGUGACCGCCGACAGUAUUGAUAGUGCGGCCACGGCAGCCGUUGGCACGGACUUCGUGCGAGGCAUCAUACUCUCACCCCAGUGGGCGAGGAUGACAAAGCAGCACUCACCUCCCCCCAGACCGAGCGACAAGAAGAUGCGGCAGUACAUGGACAACGUACACGGUGAGUGAGAGCCUUCACACGACUGUAUGUAUCUUUGGAUGGAUGAACGUCAUCAUCAAAGUUUACGUGUAUGUUUUGUAUUGCCUGUCUUGUGUUGUGCAGCGAGCGCUGAGCGCGUCAAGUCGUGUCCCUGCUCUUCCUGCCACAGCAACCCCUCCGACAGCCCCACCUGUAGUCUUGACGAGGCCGUCAUCUUCAUGCUGGAGAUGAUAUCGCAGCUCAAGGAGACCCUCCGUGAGGCCGAGCACAUGACGGGCGGCACCCAUCAUGGCCUGCCGAUGGCGGCAGCCCUCAGCAUCUUGCAGCUCAGGGCGGCAUCGGAGGCCGUGUGUGGCCAGCCUAGCGGCAGUGGACGCGUCGGCGUGAUCCUCACACCGCACCCAGCAUUCGGCACGGCGAGUUUGGUCUCCGUGUGGGCGGGCUCCCUGCGCCGUGACGAGAUAGCCGAGGCCAUGGCCAUGAUGGUAGCCGGCAUCUUGAGCGAUGUAGAGAGGAUGCGCCCGGUGAUGCGGUGCAUCAUGAGGCAGUCCUGGCGGGCCUUCGGCGAAGCGUUCUUCCAGAGCUAUGAACCGCUGGAGUUUGACAUGUAAGGGAUAUCGUCUGAGCUCCAUGUUCUCGAUGUGAAUUCGGCGUCGAAUGUGCUGUGUCAGACUCGACGUGAAUUCAGCAGAGUGCUCAGAAGACGGUGUGCAAGGACAUGUGUUGGAUGCGGGUGGCCCGGGUGCGAGAGGUGACGACGUGUCUGCGGGCGGCGGCGGCUCCUCCCAUCCCACUCUGCCCCCGCUGCCAGCCUCUCCGCCCCCACAGCUGCACCACACCGACCUACCGAUUGGUGACCAGCUCAAGAGCGCCAUCAAGGCCGCCAAGCAGCUCAUACACCAGGUGCGUGGGGCUGGCGAAGUCCAGCUCGGCGUCUGCAAGAAGAGGUCACAGCCAGGCGGGCCGCUGGACUCAGUCGGCUUCACCUACGGCGACGACCCCCAGCUGGCCGUGUGGGCGCGGUCCCUCAAGUGUGCGGACGUAUGCAGGGCGCUGCAGGAGGCGUGUCUGUCGCGAGACCUUCCCAUCGAGAUCGUCGUGUGCCGAUCGGGCCUCGAACCGGCGGGAGCACGGCGGGGUCCGGACAUCGUCAUCUACCGCAGACCGUCCCCAGACAAUUUCAUCCUCAUCGUCGGCGUGGACCUAUCGACAAUGGCGGCAUCGCGUCGGUCCUACUGGCUGGCUGACGAGGCAUGGCAAGACGGUGACCCGGUGGAAGAAGCUGUGAGGGUGUUCCGGGCAGCUGUCGACGAUUACCAGGUCGUCGUGGCCGAACCGGAGAUGGCGUCGUUCCGGCAGGAGUACCCCGAGCUGGCCAACAAGCUGCGGCAGGUGUGCGUGGCGGUUGAGGGAUAUCCGAGUGAGUCGUCGUCACAUGUCAAGGUCGGCUUUGCCGAGGCGGUACCUGUGCAGUCAACAAUGUCUCUGCCGAUCCCCACAUUCACGCACUGCUGGGCGGAGUCCCUGCGGCCGGACGACGUCAGCGGGGCUUUUGCGGAGCUCAUGGGAUCCCUCUUUGGACAGCUGGCUGACCGGGGGAAGGGUGUGAGCCAAGAGACCUUCAAAAGCCUUUCGAAUGGCCUCAGCCGGUUGUUGCGUCUCAAGGCCAUGCCGCCCAACUCACCGUCCGCCGCUGCAGCCCCCAGCCCCCCGCAUCAGCUGAGGGGGACCACACUAGUGGGACGCGUGUCUGAGGGUGACAUGCCAGCCGACGGCAGCGGUUCCUCGGUGGCAGUGGGGGGUCCGCGCGAGAGCGGGGGCGACGUGGUGGAGGGAAGCGGCAAGUCCAUGCCGCCCCAAGACAUCAGCAUCAUGCUGGGCCCGCACCCACACCCGCCCCCAGACCGCCCUCCUCUCGUCAAGCGAGAAGACGAGGUCCUAUCCAUCGAGUCACGCCCACCAGCGUCGAAACAUCGGCCCCAGGCAAAGGCCCCUCCCUCUGUGGAGGAGAUAGACGAGCCCGACACCCCGCCCAAGCCCAACAGGCAGCCAUGUGACAAUUGGAAGUCACACCGUGGCUUCGUCAGACCUCCUGGGGCCAGGCUGGAGGGGCUGGGGCGCAAGGGCAUGGGAGAGAGACGGCAUCUGGGGUCCGACAGCGGCAGUAGGGAUGGCCGUCAGCAGCAGCAGCAGCAGCAGCAAGGUGGCACCGUGGCCGCGGGCGGCAUGGCAAAGCACCAGGCGGGGGACAUCAGAAUGGUGUGGAGGUCAUGCUCGGCUUCCACCAGUGGGGCAUCCACCAGCACGCCUCUCGCUAGGUCAAUCGCAUAGACACCAUACAACGGACAUAGACGCGCCUCACUUGCUUUUUUGUCCCUUCUUUGCGUGUAUACGGCGAUGUUUCGCAUAGUUGUGGCGUUGACGAGAGGGAUGGGCAGAAGGCCGAGGGGGUGCCACCAUCCGCUGCGAUGCCGUCAUCGACGGCAGAGGCGGCUCGGCCGAGUGACGACCAGCCCAGCAGCAUCUCUCUACCCCAUAUGGCCGAUCUCGAGGAGCUGCCGUCGUCCUAUGAGGCUGGACCACGCUAUCGAGAAGGUGAACAACAGCCGGCAGCAGCAGCAGAAGCAGAAGCAGCAGUAGCCGAGAGUAGCCCCUCAUGGCAGCAAAGCGACUACAGGUCCGACACAAGAUUCGCCACACACACCACAUACCACGGACGGCAUCAUUAUGGCGUGCAUGCAUCCUCGUGUUGCGUGUGCGUGUACGUCUUUGCAGGGAUGACGAGGAGCGUGAGGCACAGGUGGCCAUCUCUGCGUCGCUGCAGCAGGCGGCUGACGAGUUGGAGCAGCUCAAGGGACAGGUCGCCGCCGCAGAGGAGCAAAGGACAGGGUAACCCAUAGAACAGAACAGACACGUGAAUGUUAUGCCAUCUCCGUGAACUAUGUCUCCCCGUCGUUGCCCGUCAGUUUGGAGGCUGCCUUGCGUCACGUCCAGGGGGUGGUCAGACAGAUGGAGGCACAGGAGGCACAGCUCACAGAUGACAACGCCAAACUGCGCGAAACCAAUCCCAUGUACGCAGGCGGGCAGGCAGGAAGGCAUACACGUGUGGUUCUAUCAUUCAUUUCCCGCCUGCCAGUCUGGAUGAGGGCGAGCUGGCGUUGAAGGCCACAGCAGAGGAUGUGCGGCGGUUCCAGGCGGCCAUCGACAGUCGAUGGCAUGACCUGCAGGCCAUGACCACUGACGCAUUCCAGCGGCUCGUCCAGCUCUCGUCACACAACACCGGCGGCGGACAGCCAGACGCUAUCCCGAGCGACGAGCAGGACCUGCGCUGCACCCCACCUCCCGCCAUACCACCGCCUCCGAGGAGCGACAGGUGGACGGGCCGCAGGCAGCAGACGAAGCAUCUGUUAUCGUAGGCGUAUCUGUGUCAUCAUGUGUGCAGCCCUCCACCACCUGCCGCUGCUGCCGCUGCUGCCGCUGCCGCUGCCGCUGCUGUUGCUGACCUCAACGUCACCCGUGCAUCUGCGUUGGCUGCCAUCCCGUCGAGCCCGAGUAAGAACAGCAAUGCAUCACCAGUCAUUGCAACUGUCAUUGUGUGUUUCCCUUCUAGUGGAUCUGUUUGUAGAGGAGAAGUUGGAGGAGUGGAAGUCGAUUCUGGCCGAGCAGGGCGUCAGAUGGACGCACUUUGAGGCACAGACGCAGGAACUCGCCUUCGGUAGGUCAGAAUAUCGCAUCAGCCAUGCGAAUAUCUGCCAUCGUUGCACUGUGCAGAGCUGGAGUGGUUUGAGGUGUCCAUGGAGACUCGAAUGAAAUACAACAAAAAGGUGUGGUUGAUGCGUUGCUCCUCACAAGCUACUGUUUCGUCUGUUUCCAUCAGCAUCUCGAGUCUCUGCAGGACGAACCAGAGGAUCCUUCCACGAGUGAUCUUGCUGCAGACAUCGCCAAGGCACGCCAACAUGUAGAGGACACCCAUGCCGACAUCCACAAGUACCCAAGACGGCACACACCGACCACACACGCGCAUCGCAUGGAUGGCAUGUGUGUGUGUGCUGUGUGUGGGCGUGUGGCGUGUUCUCGUCAGGUUGAUCGUAGCUGUUAGCGAGGCCGAGGCCAAGAGGGCUGCAUACAGAGCCAGGCUGCAAGGCCUGAUUGAUGACAACGAAGAACUCAUGCAACGCGAUGCAGAUCGGUGAGACCGAUCGACCUGUCACUCGACAUUUGCCUGUCUGUCUGCCUGGACGUCUGCCUGUCAGGUUGACCAAGGAGAAGCUUGACGGCCUCAUGUCGGUUCCUGCCGCCAUGCAUUUCCAGCAGGCGGCCACCAGCGAGUCGACACGCCUCAAGCGGCUCCGCGACCAGUCCAACGAGCACCUCAUGAACCUCGCCAAUGCAUCAUUCCAGAAAGAUGUGGAGGGCCGCAUCGCCGCCAUGCGCGAGGCACGAGACAAAGAGGCGGCCGAGCAGCUGCGUCAGCAGAAGGAGGCCGCAGCCAAGAGCAUCGCUGACAUGCAGGCACAACUUGAGGAGGAGCGGGCCAAGCGUGAGGAGGCGGACAGCAACAGCAGCAGACAGGAGGCCAAGGCCAACACGACGUGUGUGGUGUGUCUGGAGGGGCCCCCUGAGGUUAUACUCAUGCCAUGCCGACACAAGUGCCUCUGCACCGGUACGCACGCGGGUGGGGUGGGCAGCCGGGAGAGAGAAGAUAGUGAGUGGUCUGUGAUUCUCUCUCUCUGAAUCACAGACCACUCACUAUCUUCUCUCUGUGUGUGUGUGUGUGUGUAAAGGGUGUUUUGAGCGCAUGAAGAAGGAGCACGUCAGCAAGAAGCUGCCGUGUCCCAUCUGUCGAAAGCCGUGCAUCAAGCAGCACUCGGGCGUGGUGUACGAGCAGGGGUGGCACCCAGACGACUGAGUGAUGAGAUCACACCACCUCCUGGCAGCCAGCCAUUGCCCAGACAGACGGACAGGCAGACAGAGAGGCAGGCAGACAGGUAGCUGCACCAUUGUGAAAGGAACCGCUAGGUGCUAGCUGAUGGAGGGAGGGGUGUAUGUGCAUAUAUGUCAUAUGCAUGCGUAUCGACCGAGUAUCUGUACAUAUGUAUACGUAGGACACGCUGGCUGUGAGUAGGCGACAUCUUCAUGCAUUAAUGCAU